GAGCGGGGAGGAGGACCUGGCUGCUAGCUCCGAUCUCGUCAAAUCGCGGUGCAUUGUGGGGCGGAGGCGGCCUUUCCUUAUCACUGCACAGAGCAGUAGUUCGGCUGCAGACACGACUUUUUUUUUUAAAGUAAAUAACGUCAACUCGGAAGGGAGUCUCAAGCAAGCAUAGAAAAGACCUCUGAAGUAUAUCGGAUAAAGCUUUUAUAAUUGGUAUUAAGCACCCGUUUGCUCGACAAACAUGGGGCAGGAGGAUCUCAUGAGCACGGCCGAAGACGUGGCAGACCAGUUCCUGCGGGUGACAAAACAGUACUUGCCUCACCUGGCACGUCUGUGUCUCAUUAGCACUUUCCUGGAGGACGGCAUCCGCAUGUGGUUCCAGUGGCAUGACCAGCGGGACUACAUCGAUGCCACAUGGAGCUGUGGCUACUUCCUGGCGACGUGCUUCGUGCUCAUUAAUCUAUUAGGCCAGCUCGGAGGCUGCAUCCUCAUCCUCAGUAGAAAUUUUGUACAGCAUGCCUGCUUUGGAUUAUUUGGCAUCAUAGCGCUACAGACUAUUGCCUAUAGCAUUUUAUGGGAUGUGAAAUUUUUGAUGAGAAACCUGGCCUUAGGUGGUGGUCUCCUGUUGCUGCUAGCCGAGUCACGUUCAGAAGGGAAGAGCAUGUUUGCCGGCGUGCCGUCAAUGGGCGAGAGUUCGCCCAAACAGUACAUGCAGCUGGGCGGCCGCAUUCUGCUGGUUCUCAUGUUCAUGUCUCUGGUCCAUUAUGACACCAGCUUCUUCUCUAUCUUGCAAAACCUGGUGGGCAUCGCCCUCAUCAUCCUGGUGGCCAUCGGCUUCAAGACCAAGCUGGCGGCGCUGACGCUCGUCUUGUGGCUGUUGGCAAUGAACGUCUACUUCAACGCCUUCUGGACCAUCCCUGCCUACAAGCCCAUGCAUGACUUCCUCAAGUAUGACUUCUUCCAGACCACCUCUGUCAUUGGAGGCCUGCUGCUGGUGGUGGCCCUUGGGCCCGGCGGUGUGUCCAUGGACGAGAAAAAGAAAGAGUGGUAGGGAGGGGAAAAAAAUACAAAUGAAUACUGUACACAGCACCACCGACUGGGACUCAGACACCCCCCAAUCCCUCUUGCUCUGUCUGUUGGUUCACCUGGAUACACAGGGUUUACUCUAUAUGUUAUCAAUUCUUUUUUUUUUUUUUUGGGCCAAACCAUUACAUGGUGAUCAACCUUGUUUCUUUGUCAUGCUUCUCAUUCGAACAUGGUUGUAUUCAUUCUAAACCAGUGUGCUAUUCCCAACGAUAAGAAGGUGAAAUAGGCCCUUAUAUUUCAAGGUAAAAUUCUUUUAUUUGUCCUGUGAAUAACUGAACACAAACCUGUUGUAUUGACGUCAUCAUGGAUGAGGACUUCCCCAACUUUUUGUCAACCUGAGAAUUGCAAUGACUUUCCUCAAGAUCCCAAUUUUGCUCAAUAUUUUGUCCGUUUAUUAAUGAUUAGGUACUCAGAGGUGAAACAAAAAUCCCUUCUGUUACGAAAAAUGUUUUGCUUGUUUGAUGAUCCCCCCCAAAAAUGUAAUUGUAGUCUUGACAAUCAGGGACACAUUAAAAUUUGAAGUUCGGGAACUCCUAUUGCAUGAUGUACCUUCAUACUUGGCAAAGAGGAGUAAAAGCAGUUGAGUUGGGGAUGAUGAUCAUGUCCAUAGUGAGAAUUGUGGGGGCACUUAAUUGACUGUGACUUACUGGGACUCUCCAGGUGUCACGUCCUGCCUUGCAUUCAGCUGUGUACCCUCAAGCCAAACAACUGACUGACAAGCCAUGUUUGUCGUGGGGUUGUGUGAGGAGGGUUGACAUGAUGUUCAAAAAAAAAAAAAAA